UAUUGGCGCUACAUUCGGAUUACUUAUCUCCUUCCUUUUAACUUCAUCAACUAACUUCUCUCUGGCCACAGAGACCAGGCGGGCAGCAACAACGAACAAGAGCGAGAGAGAAUGCGAAGCAUCACGCUCUCCGAGAGCGUCCUCAAGUCGCACUCGCUGCCUCCAUCUCCAAAACAUCCGAAACUCGCGCCCUGUCACCUCCUCUCCCUCAGUUGUCGCUUCAAGAACCGAGCUUUCAACCGCCCUGCUUGGGACCCAGUACCCAUUUUCUGCAGGUACAGGAGAGGGUGGAAUGUGAAAAAUUGCGAAGACCGGUCUGGUCACUUUCGGCUUAGAACUUCUGAGAACUGUGAUGACUUUACCACGGGGUACAUCAGUGAUGAGAAUAGCAGUGCAUCAGAAGAGUCAUUGCAUAACAUGGACAAUUCUGGUGUUGCGCCUAUAUUUUCGGGGAUGAGUAACUUGAACAGACAAGAUAAUACAGCUGGAGAGAUUCUGUUGAGUAGUGCAUCAUUUGGUAAUUUGGGAAAGUUUGUGUUUCUCUUCGGAUUGCUCACGCUUCAAGGCUCUCAACCAGCAAUUGCCGGAGACAUUGCCAGUGGUUUGCAGUCGCUUCCUUACUUUCAGGACCUUGGUGAUAUUAGCACAGGUUUUGCCUCAGCAUUCUUGCUCAUUUUCUCAGAGCUGGGAGAUAAAACCUUCUUUAUUGCGGCUCUUUUAGCAGCUAGGAACUCUGCAGGCAUUGUCUUCACUGGGACAUUCGGUGCACUUGCGAUAAUGACUGUUAUAUCUGUUGUUCUUGGAAGAACCUUUCACUAUGUUGAUGAAAUCCUUCCAUUCAGGUUUGGUGAGAAUGAUUUGCCUGUUGAUGACAUUGCUGCAGUUUGUCUCUUGGUCUAUUUUGGCAUCUCCACACUUGUUGAUGCCUCCUCCGAUGAUGGUCUUAAGGCAGACGAUGAGCAGAAAGAGGCUGAAUUAGCAGUUUCGAAAUUUUCAGGAAAUGGUGCUGGGAUAGUAGCAGCUGCUAGUACCGUUGUUAGUACUUUUGUUUUAGUCUUUGUUGCUGAAUGGGGCGAUAAGUCAUUUUUCUCCACAAUAGCCCUUGCUGCAGCUUCUUCGCCUCUUGGAGUCAUUGGGGGAGCUUUGGCUGGACACGGUGUGGCAACUUUGAUUGCCGUGCUCGGAGGUUCAUUGCUGGGAACAUUCUUGUCUGAGAAGGCCAUCGCCUACAUCGGAGGUACUCUUUUCCUGGUCUUCGCUGCCGUGACAUUGUUCGAGAUCGUGACUUAGAGAGAUUUCCACGUGUUCUGCACAAGCAAAUCGGCGAGCAGUGAUCGGCUCGAGAAGUCGUCACGAAACAUCCAUGCCUGGCAAUUCGUAGGGCAAAUUGCUUAGUGAAAGGAUCAACCGCCAUUUCUUUGUUAGACACCACUUUCUGUUGGGACAAGGAUUUUCAUCAUUCUUUUGUUAGUAUAGCUUCGACAUGAUUUCCUGCCGCGCCAUAUUCACGUCGAAAUUCAAGUACUUCAAACAAACAUACGGCAGAAGGAAAAGUUUUGGGUUCCUGUUCAUCUUAGUGUUGAUAGGAAUGUGCAUAAUAAUUGAGAACCGUCCGAACUA